UGUCUGGGCCGUGCUUCCCGGGUAUUGUUGCAACGGCCCGAAGAGCGGUAUAAAUACUUAGGAUCUCGGCCGGAAUGGCAUCAGAAGCACCUGAAGCCCCCAACCCGAAAUGCAAAGCCAUCAACUGACCCUCAUCUUCGGCAUCGCCCUGCUGUGGGCCUCCGUCCAAGCAACCACCGGGCCGCCGGCGACCAGCCCCCGGCCUCGCCCCUCGGGCCCCAUCAGCGGCCACGUCCGGCCCCGCCCACGCUGCCUGCCCGUCCAGGCGCUCUGCUCCCGCUCCAGCCCCAAGGUCUGCGGGCGCACGCCCAGCGGGCACUGCCAGCGCUUCAACUCGAUCUGCGAGCUGGGCCUGGCCAACCUCAACCGCUCGCCGGCCAACGUGCGCCACACACGGGACAUCGAGUGCCGGACGGUGAGGGGCGUGGGCGCCGCCCACCGCCGCCGCUGCUGGGAGCCCUGCCCAGCCCGUCCCGUCGUCUGCAAGCGCACCCCGCCCGCCCGGGAGAUCUGCGUCCAGUCCCGCAACGGCAGGGAGUGCAAGGUGCUGGCCAAUAACUGCCAGCUGAGGAACCAGAACUGCCACAGCCAGCCCAGGAACAACUGGCGCCGCACCGACAAGAGGCGCUGCGGGCAGCUCCAGUUGGGCGACAAGCCACAGGCCUGCGUCGUCCUUCCGCGACCCACUCCCCGGCGGCCUUCUCCGAGACCCUCCCCGAGACCCUCUCCGCGACCCACCCGCCGCAGCACCACCAGGCGCCCCACCACCCGCCGCAGCACCACCCCUCGGCCCACUACCCUGCGCCCGCCCACCUCCACCACCCCUGCGGCCCCCUCCGCCUGAGGAUCUGUCCCCUAAGUCCCUAAAAUCUUUUUUUUUUCUUCCCCUAAACUUUCAAUAAACUGAUCUAGAGUCUCCGGAUCGAUAUCUUUUGAACUCCAA